GAUUGGUUCUGGACUCCCCCAGAUCUCCUUGUUACUUCACAGCAUUCUGAAGACCUGCCCACCAAUCACAGGGCUCCUUACUGGAAAAAGCAACUGCUGGAGAGUGCUGGGAGCCGCUAGCAACACUGAGGCUUCUGAAUCCGAGGGGAAAGACUGUGCGGUUAGCUGAUGGUGGAGGAGAGCAGCGCCUAAUGCCUCAGGAAGAGAAGCCUCCCAGGAUGGACCCUCCACCCACGGACGAGCCCUUAGACAAGCAAACCAAAAAACUGGAAAAGCAGGAAGAGGAGAUGGAAUUUAAGGAACUGGAUGGUCUGAGGGAGGCCUUGGCAAACCUCCGGGGACUGUCCGAGGAGGAGAAGAGCGAGAAGGCGAUGCUUUGCUCCCGCAUCCAGGAGCAGUCCCAGCUCAUCUGCAUCCUGAAGCGGAGGUCAGACGAGGCCCUGGAGCGCUGCCAGAUCCUGGAGCUGCUCAACACAGAGCUGGAGGAGAAGAGGGUGCUGGAGGCCGAGAAGCUGAAGGCCAAGACCGCGCACGCCCGGAAGCUGGAGGAACGCUUUAUGAGCCUGGCAGCCAACCACGAGUUGAUGAUCCGCUUCAAGGACGAACACAAGAGUCAGAACGUGAAGCUCAGGGAGGAGAAUGAGAAACUGAGGCUGGAGAACAGCAGCCUCUUCAGCCAGGCUCUGAAGGACCGGGAGGCCAAAGUGUUGGAGCUCACCGCCCGGAGCGAGGCCCUCUCCGAGGAGCUGGAGACCCUGAAGCAGAGGUGCUCUCAGGAAGCCUGCCAGGCACAGGCCAGGGAGAGGGAGCUGCUGGAGCUGCAGGGCCAGCAGGCUUGCGCCCACGCCAGCGAGAUGGAGCAGCUGCGGAGCCAGGUGCAGAGCUUCCAGCAGCAGCACCGGCAGGCGGUGGAGCAGAUGGCCAAGGCUGAGCGGGCGCACGGCAGCCUGAACCAGGAGCUGCAGGCCAGGCUGCAGACGGUCACUCGUGAGAAGGACGAGCUGUUGCAGCUGGCCAUGGAGAGGGGCCGGGUGCUUCAGAACAAGCAGGCAGAGAUCCGGCAGCUUGAGGAGAAGCUGGAGACAGCAGACGUGGCCAGGAGGCAUGCCCUGGAGAGGUUCCAACAAGAGGCAGCGGCCGUGGACAGUAACUUGAGAGUACGGGAACUUCAGCGCAGGGUCAACGGGAUCCAGAAGGCCUACGAUGAGCUCAGGCUGCAGUCUGAAGCCUUCAAAAAGCACAGCCUGGAUCUUUUAAGCAAGGAGAGGGAACUCAACGCCAAACUCCGCCAUCUCUUUCCAUAGGAAGCUUCCGUUUCCUCUUUCCUCUAAUUUAGAAUUUAACUAUUUGUGCCUUAGCACUAUGACAAGAGUAAAGUUGGUUUCCCAUUUAUAAUACUUUUAAGCACAAAAGGCAAUUCAAAAGCUGCUUUACUGUGAUGUUGUGGUUGUUACGGUUGUAAGGCUAGCACUGUUUCAGCCCUACCACCUAAAAUACACACGAUUUACCAGAUUUCUUUCUGUGCCUUGAAAAUUGUCCCAAGUUUGCUAUCAUUAUCUCCAUCUUCCUCAUAACUUAUUCAUUCUCAACCCCAGAUAUUUUCAGAUAUCCUGAGACUUUAAAUUAGCAGCUCCUAUGGACUUAAGUGAAUCUUAAAAGUGCAAUGAGAUGUACUAUUGUGAAAACAGUUUUGCAUAGUUCCCCCUUGUAGAUAGGUAGGCCUGUAGUCUCCCUUAGUUGAAGACAUAAACUGUAACAGUUAAUAGCAUAAUAAUAGCAUAGAAAACUUGCAGAAGAAAGUGUCUGAUUUUGCAGCUGACAGUUGCUUGCUUCACCUGCUUUACAGCAGUAUCCUUUUGAUUUUAUUUUACUUGCACUAGCUUGGAAAACAAAGAUUGAAAUCAUUAAGUUCUUUACCAAAGUUGGCAGACUUUAUUACAGUCAUUCUAUACAAGCAGUAAGAUUCAAAUAAGUGAAAUCAACUAGUUUUUAUUUUUCCUGCAAGCUUAGAUCACAUUCCAUUUUCUUGCUUUUUUUCCUUUAUAAAAACAGGAUUUCAAGGUGCCAGGAUGCAAGUAUCAGCAGUUUCAUUUAAUAUUGCAUAAUAUGCUAAUAGGCAAAAGGCCCCAAUUUAGGGUAACACGUCACAGCAGACUGAGUAGGAUACAUAAAGCAAUGCAUAGUGAUUGUUUUCUUUCUAUUAGCAUUAUUUCCUUGCAAUUACCUUUUCCUUUUUUAUUCUUAUUUUUUUAAACUUUUCCUUAUUUUAAAAAAACAUCUAAAUGAAAUAUAUAUGUAUACUUACAGCAUGUUUGUAGGAAUACCUAAAUAUGUAGAUAUAUAAAAACAAUAGUUAUUACAUCUAUUUAUAGAAAGUUCUUAAAGAGGCAGUUAUAAAAAAUACACUUUAUGCUUCCUUAUUUCCCUAGUUUUAGUCAAGAUAUAAACAUUAUUAUAAAUAUCUCUCAAAAUAGAUUAUAAUAUUUUUCUUACCCAUUUGGUGCCAAGGGCCCCAAGAGUUACCUAAUUAUUCAGAUGUAUUAUUUUUACUUGGUAUCUUUUUUUUUUUGACAGCGUAUUUUUUUAAUUAUUUUUUAUUGUUAUGUUAAUCACCAUACAUUACAUCAUUAGUUUUUGAUGUAGU